ACUCCCACUAUUUGGCAGGUAGAAGUGGGGGCGGGGAACGGGCUGCGGAAUGGACGGACAGGCGGCUGCCAUGGCUUCGGCGGGCGGCAACACGGGCUGUCCGAGCCCGGCCCCGGCCUCGCUGGAUAAAAUCGUCGCCGAAAGCCCCGCCGAGCCUGAUGCCUACACCGUGCCCGGCAUCCUGCACUUCAUCCAGCACGAGUGGGCGCGCUUCGAGAUGGAGAAAGCGCGGUGGGAGGCGGAGAAAGCCGAACUGCAAGCACGUGUAUCCUUUCUCCAAGGAGAGAGAAAAGGUCAGGAGAAUCUUAAGAAGGAUUUAGUCCGGAGAAUUAAGAUGCUUGAAUAUGCCCUGAAACAAGAAAGGACGAAGUAUCACAAGCUGAAAUAUGGAACUGAACCAGUCCAAGGUGACACAAAGACAGAUGCACCUGAAUCAGUUAUAAAUAAUGGCCUUGAUGUAUCAGCAUUAGAACAGAACAGUCCAUCAUCAUGGAAUGAAGGACGUCAGCUACUGAGACAAUAUUUACAGGAGGUGGGUUAUACAGACACUAUCUUGGAUGUGAGGACAAAGAGGGUGCGAUCCAUGUUGGGCCAUUCCAGUCUUGAGCAUAAUGGAGCAGCAGAGUCUAACAGCUUGGGACAGAUUCUGAAUGGUGGUGACUCUCCAUUAGUUAAACAGAUAGAAGAACAAAUUAAGAGGAAUGCGGGCAAUGAGUCUCGGGAUGGUCUAAGGAAGUCAAUGCUGGAGAAGAUGCCUUUCUUGCGAAAUGUGGAUGAUGAUAGUGAUGAGGAUGAUGAUGAACUGGAUAGCAUUCCUUCAGAGCUAUCUGUCACACAGAGACUAAACAAGAAACAAAGGAUAGGAUCUGAGAUGACAGCGGUUGAUUCUGGCAUGGACUGCGAGACAGUGGAUGCUCUGAGUGAAUUUCACUUCCUGGACACUGAAGUGGAUGAAGAAAGGACUGAGGAUUCUAGGAGUUCAGGGGAUGGGAAAGAACUAGGAAGUCACCGUUCCAAACGUCAGGAGGUACUGCCUGAUUUCACAGACAUUGAUGGCUUGCCUUCCAUUCCAGCUGGGGUGAUUGGUCAAACCAAGCGAAAAGAAGCUGCUCCUCUCGCCUUUCCCCCACAUGCCAGCAAACCAUUUAUACUUGGAGCGGACACUGUUGGAGAUGGAGAGAUGAGCUUAGGCGAGCUGGCUGGACUGACUGUCACUAAUGACAAUGAUAUGUCUGAUAGUAAAGAUGCCUUUAGAAAGACCUGGAAUCCUAAAUAUACGCUGCGGAGUCACUUCGAUGGGAUCCGUGCGCUGGCGUUUCACCCAGAGGAGCCAGUGCUCAUUACUGCGUCAGAGGACCGCACACUGAAGCUAUGGAACCUGCAGAAAACAAUCCCUGCCAAGAAGAGUACUGCAUUGGACGUGGAACCCAUUUAUACAUUCAGGGGUCAUGUAGACCCAGUGUUAGCAAUAGCUGUUAGUUCCAAAGGAGAUCAGUGCUUCAGUGGAGGGCUUGAUGGCACAAUUUGCUGCUGGAAUAUUCCAAGUUUGAACACUGACCCAUAUGACACUUACGAUGACAGCAUUCUAUCCAGAACACUAAAUGGUCAUACAGAUACGAUUUGGGGGCUUGCGUUUAGUACCCUGAAGAAUCGCCUGAUUUCGUGUUCAGCAGAUGGAACUGUCAGGUUAUGGGAUGCAGCUGCCAAUCCAGCCUGUGUUAGUACCUACAACAGAGAAAAGGAAAAUGGGAUUCCUACCUCUGUGGCAUUCUUAAGUGACCCUGCUCAUGCCGUGACUUCCUUCACCAGUGGAGAUGUAGUCAUCUACGAUUUGGAGACACUGCAGCCAGUCAUCACCCUGGAUUCCAAAACAUCUGACAGUGCUGCUAAUCAGAUCAACCGGAUUGUCACUCAUCCCAAGCUGCCGGUCACCAUCACUGCACACGAUGACAGAUGUAUUCGCUUCUUUGAUAACAAGACAGGAAAAAUGGUUCAUUCAAUGGUUGCUCACUUGGAUGCCGUCACCUCUCUUGCAGUAGAUCCUAAUGGAGUAUUCCUGAUGUCAGGAAGUCACGACUGCUCAAUACGCCUGUGGAACCUGGACAAUAAAACCUGCGUUCAGGAAAUUACAGCACACCGGAAGAAAUAUGAUGAAGCAAUUCAUGACGUCACCUUCCACCCAAGCAAAGCUUACAUUGCUAGUGCAGGAGCAGAUGCCCUCGCUAAAGUGUUUGUAUGACACAGUUUAACCUCCCUGGUCUCAUUCCUCUGAGCAGACUGGUUUCUGUUCAUCUAUAAGGGUUGAUCCCACAUUCCUCUUCGAAUGGUUGCCUUGAAUUGGUGAAUGAAGACAAUUUGCCUCCAGCCUUGAAAUUUGCAGUCCUGGGUUGUGCCCAUUCACACUUUCUCAACAAAGCUCAGGGUUUGCAUUUAAACCUUUAAAUGGGCUUGCGUUCACUGAACUUUCUAUGGAACAUGUAAAAGUUUUAAGCUUUUAGAAAGAAAAAUUGUAAAUUUUGUAUGGGUAUCCAAUAGUUGGCUGUGUGGAAUAAGUAGAAAACGUAGCAAUGGUCUGGGUCAAACCAUAUAAAAGUGCAAGAAAAGGUUUUGCGCUUAGCUAAAUUAUUUUUUUAAACGGUUGGGCUACUUUUUAAUACAGCCUGGAACCUUGAUAAAUAUAUUUCAUUUUCCCAGACACUUAUCCAUGAAGUACCAAGAUGUCAGUAGCAUGGGGAUAAAUAUAGUUUCUCUGUGCUCCCCACAAAUUCUGGGAAUUCUGUGAGGGCAUCCACAGGAGUGGACCGAAGCCCCCCUGUCUUGUUGUGUACAACCAGGAUGGCUUGUGACCACCCCUCCCCUCAUCUGAGGAUCACUUAAUCCGACGGUGUUGAAUGUACUCUAUUAACACCAUGGGGUAGAUUUUGCAAAAUAAUGUUCUUGCUUGUCUGACGCUGGACAAUUUAAUUUGACAAUUAGUAAUUUUCCAUACAAUUUCGGAUCCCUUCUUGCAAUUCCUUUGAAGGCUAAAAGCCUUCUUUAGUAUCUCCUCAUUACUGGGGCCUUUGAUAUCCAGCCUAGUGGUUCAUUUUGGCACUAUCUCUGAUGCCUCCUGAUGCAAUCUUCCAAGAGCACCGUACAAUUUAACCAAUUACUACUUCAGAUCUUACUAAUUUACUUAAAUGUGUUUAAAUCUGCAAACCCAACAAGGAGCAGGGAUUAUAUCUGCGGCCGUGUGUGACCCAGGAAGGAAUGACUUUACAUGUGAGCCUUUAUCACAGAUGCUAGUUAACUAAUAAGGAAAUUUCCUGUGUCAGUUGUCACUGUUAAGUACAAGUGACUAGUAUGGGAAUUUUGUUUACACAAAAUAGUGCUUAAGUCAUUAACUGAGAACAGGACAUUUCUUUAUGGUGCCGAUAAUUUCCAACAAUUUCACUAGCAUGAAAACAAUGAGAUAAGCAGGUAACCCUUAUAGUUUUUGUGGUUCUGCAAAUUCACAUGAGGAAUUUGGAUGAAGGGGUCAGCUCACAAGGCUCCAUUAUAAAGAUUAAGGAUUUCAAAAUCCUUUGGCCUUCAUGGUGGUAUUCCUAGUAUGUCAGGAAGGUGUAAAAUACGUGGCCACCAUAAAGGAAACCAAACUGCAUUUCAUGCUGUUUAAUUAGACCAUAAGAUAUAGGAGCCAGAAUUAGACCAUUUUGCCUAUCCAGUCUGUCCGUCAUUCCAUCAUGGCUGAUUUAUUGCCCUCCUCACACCCAUUCUCAUGCCUUCUUCCUAUAAUCUUUGACACCCUUACUAAUCAAAAGCCUAUCAACUUCCACUUUAAAUAUCCCCAAUGACUUGGCCUCUACGGCCAUCCAUGGCAAUGAAUUCCACCUUGUAUCUAAUAAUGGCUCCAUCUCUGAGCCACUUGAACAAUGCAGUCGUAGGCUGCCUCAGUUUAAUUCGCUGCUGCCAGGAAUCCUGUUAUCCAUUUAUCCUUGCUAGGUGGGAAUUUGUGAACAUCAGUUGAGAGCGGGAUUAGGUUUGCUGGCAAGUUGCCUGCUGGCAUCAUUACCAAGGCUUCUAAAUGGAAAAUAACCAUUUGCCAAGGGUGGCACAGUCCUCUCCUCUGAGUGAAGAAAUGUUAAUCAUGAGCCUGAUAUUGGCAAUACCUCUGGAAAAAGAAAAACUCUUACAUUAGCAGAAAUGCAGAAUGUUUAGAAGUGAAAUAACAGUAUACGGGAUUCUGGUUCCUAAACAAUUAAAAUUUUCAGCUGAGGCCCUCUGAACCUCCUGCAGGGACAGUAACAUCACUUGUGUCAGUGUUCAGGAGGGAGGUGGGGAAUGUCCGCUCUCCACCCCAAUUUCAUUUCAGUGGGCAAAUUGUAUUUGAAACACAUGGCAUUCAGGGAAAUGCCUUAGCUUAAUAAGUACAGGUCCUGGAAACUUUGUUCUCUGUCACUUCCUCAGCUCAACUUGCAAUAUCACUGUUAUCAAACUGAAAUGUAGCAGUGCUUUUAGGACGGGGCAUGAUUCAUAAGAACCAGCACUUCAGCAAUUUCUGACCUUUUCCAUUUAUACACUAGCAUGUCCCAUUCAGUGUAUUUUCAGCUUGGCUUGGUCCUGUUGUCAUUCAAGUGUAUCCUAAGAACGCUGGUUUAAGUCCAGCAGCUUAACCCCACCAUUCUUAUAGAAACAAAGGUAGUAGUAUAUCUGGCCAAUUUGCUUACUGCCCAUUACGCCACUGGCAUUUAGGGCAGCAAAGAAGGUCCUCCUCCUGUAGCGAUGUUCAGGGCUCCCUUUAUCAUGUCAGUAGCUUCCCCUAGGUUUUCACACAAGGCCGAGGUGGAGACUCAAGAAUACCAUCACACUCAGAUGCAGAAGAAUUAUUCAUUGCUGUUUCCAUAGCACCUUUGUUUUAGACAGGGUUGUUAGCCCUGAGCUGAAUCCCUGAAUAUGGAAGACUAAUGCACCACUCUUUGUCUGGGCCUGUACCCUUUGACUUGUUGUGGGUGACCCUCUCAAGAGCCAAAGCAUAAAGCCCUGACUCCAGCCAGCUUAGCUCUAUGGCUGAGUGAGGAACACAAGCCUCAGACCCUACAACGAGAUUGUGGUCCUCUUGGAGGAUCUGGCCAACUUAGAACAGUUCAGUGCUCAGCAUGGUGUUCAGUCUCUCAGAAGAGCUACGAGAGAGAAAAAAUAAAAACGCUGUACCUUUUUGGAACCAUGAAUGUCUAUUCCUUCAAGGAAAUAACUUGCUUCCAGUCCCUCCCCCAUCAUCCUCCUGACAAACAGCCAAACUUCACCAGUUUAUUCCCUAUUUGAUAGCACUGUAGGUAUGAUGUGGGUAAAAUAUUUAAGUACAAUGGUCUAAUGGUCCAGAGACCAAAUUGCCGAUCCCACUGCUCUAGCCAAGGAGUUGAAAUUCACUAACUUUGGAAAUUAAAAAAACUAAAUUUACCACAAAAAUGUGGACUAUUUUAAUGGCAGAUCUGAUUCAGUCAAUGCAGAUCUCACUGUUCUAGUCUGGUGGAAGAGUUGAAAUUCACUAAAUUUACCAAAUUUGGAAUAAAACAAAACUGAAUAUAACAAAAAAAAAACUUGGAUUAUUUUAAUGGCAAAUCUGAUUCACGAAGGUUCUUGAGGGAAUGAAAUUCUUACCUCCUAAUUGCUUUUGAAAUUGACUGGGAAAAACUUCACAUGUGCCAAACUGUAUCACAGUUUAAGAAGAUCACUGACCUUGGUGACAAUUGACAGUAAGCAUUAGCCAUGCUAACAGCUUCGCCUGCCCAUGUUCCAAGAAUGCUUCUGAUAGGUGCCCAGAUGGUCAAGAAAUGAAGCAGUGCGAAUAUCUCAACCCUGCUUGUCCCUGGCCCAUUUAGAACACAAAUACCAGGACUGUGUGCUUCUCCUGAUCCCUGUCUGGUGAGGCAUUCUGGACUGGGCUGGAGAGACAAAAUGCCUCUAUUUCAAUGCUCUUCCACGGAGAAGAAACCUGCCAACACUUACUGCGCAGGUUUAUGCUCAGGUGACAGCUGCUAGUGGAACUCUUACCUCAUCAUGUGCAUGGCCUUCAGAGAGGAGGAAAAAGGGAAAGAAAAUACCUUGAGUUGCACUGGGUAAACAACGGCAACCUCCCAUCUUCAUACUUCAUUAAUUGCAUGUAGUUAAUUAGCAAAGGGAUCAAUACUUCACUCAACUGUGUUCCAAGGAGAAUAAGUGAAUUCUGCAAGCUGCAUCCAUAUUACAAUAAUCCAUCAGUAGUCAGUUUUAAAAGUCAGUGUUGUCUAAAUCAAACUAUAACCAAUAAUGUUUAAUAGCAAAUACUAUUAUGAAUGUAAAUACGCAGGGGGCCGCAGCACCAAGAUGUUUUAAUUGCUUUUGGCUUUCUGGGGCUUAGUUGGUUAUAGAUUGUGUGGUAUACAAUUGGGAUUGUUAUUAUUUUGUUUGUACACUUAACACUUCGGGCUUUUGCAGAAUCUCAGGAUGAAGCUGAACUUUUAUGGGCUUCAUUUUAAUCCCCAAGUCAGUGCAGAUAACAGCAGGCACAGCAAUUGAUGAUAAAAGGUGGUUUAGCUUUGAGCAGGAUAAAAUAAUGUUAGCCUUGCCACUGAGGAGUUCAUUUGCAAGGGCUGAGCGAGUCACUAGAAAGUGUGUGGGAAGGUCUGUGUGCGGUGAAUGAAUUCAGGUCUGUAGGUGAGUAGGGUCAUUGGGUGAAGCUAUUCAAACAGUAGGUAGAGUUACUGGAAAGAUUAUUGCAGUUCAAGUGGUUAGGAGUAAUAGUGUGUAAGAGCAUAGGAUGAAUGAGGAUAAAGGAGAGAGGGUAGCUGGUACUGGGUUAUGCCAGGAAUUUGAAUAUAAGGUAGUUUGAGUGUGAUGUGUGUCAACAUCAGUGGCUUUUCAAUCUGGUAAAUCAGCACCCAAGAAAUGAAUCUUGACACCUCCCUCCCCUUUCUCCAUCUCUCUCUGUCUCCAUCAUCAGUCAUGGCCUGUCACACUGCUAGCAUUUAAGGCAGCAAUGAAAGUCCUCAUCUCUUUCUGUCCUUGGCCAUUUUCUCUUUUUCUCUAGGUGUGGUUUGUGGUCCUCAUUUCUGCCUCAACAGUAUGGCGCCAAGUUGUCUUUGGUCUCCCGCAUUUCCUCCGCCCUUCAGGGGUCCAAUGAAGUGCUGUCUUGAUGAUAGAGUUGGCCUCUCUUCUCAUCACGUGCCCAGUUUAUCUCCAACAUUUCCUUGUGAUGAUUGUUGCCUUGUUUUCUAGAUGACGCUGAUUGGAGAUCAUUCUUGGCCAGAAAAUAAGGAGGAGACAAAUUCUCGACCAAUAUCUUUAUAAACCUACAGAUUCCCACAGUUGCCUUGACCAAACCUCUUCCUAUCCGUCUCCUAUAAAAAUGCUGUUCCCUUUCCUCAGUUUAUUCGUCUCCACCACAUCUGUUCGCAGGAUGCGGUUUUCCUUUCCAGGACAUCAGAGACGUCCUCCUUCAAAGAACGGGGUUUCCCUGCCCUCACUCGCCCGAACAUCCGCACUCACUCCAUCUUCCCACCACCUUAACCGUUCCUCUUGUCCUCACCUACCACCCCAUGAGCUUCCACAUCCAGCACAUCAACCUCCGCCACUUCUGUCAUCUCUAACAGAAUCCUACCACUAAACAUAACUUUAUCCUCCCUCGCUCCACUUUCCAUGGGGAUUCCUUCCUCCAUGACUCUUUUGUCCAUUCAUCCCUUCCCACUAAUCUCCUUCCCAAAGUGCUACACCUGCCCAUUCACCUCCUCCCUCACCUCCAUUCAGGGCCCAAACCUGUUCUUCCAGGAGAGGUAACACUUCACAUGCAAAUCUGCUGGGGCCAACUUUGUUGAGCUCCUCCACUCCAUCCGCCAAAAGCAGAACUUCCCAGUGGCUACCAUCUUAAUUGCCAUUCCCAUCAUGAAAAUGUCAGUCCAUGGCCUCCUCUUGUUUGAUGAAGCCACCCUCAGGGUAGAGGAGCAACACCUUAUAUUCUGCCUGGGUGGCCUCCAACAUGAUGGCAUGAAUUUCAAUUUCUCCUUCCAGUAAAUCAUUUUUUUCUCCCCUCCUCUUCUUCUAUUCCCCACUCUGGUCUCUUAUCUCUUCUCAUCUGCCUAUCACAUCCCCCAUGUCCUCUCCUCUCUCCCUUUCUCCUAUGGUCCACUCUCCUUCUGCUAUCAGAUUCCUUACUCUCCAGCCUCUUGCCUUUCCCACCCACCUGACUUCUAUCACCUUCUAACUAUCCUCCUUCCCCUCCUCCUAUCUUUUUUAUUCUGACAUCUCUCUCUCUUCCCCCCCCCCCCCUCCAGUCCUGGUGAAGGGUUUCAGCCCAAAACAUUGUUUAUCCUUUUCCAUCAACACUGCCUGAUUUGCUGAGUUUUUCCAGCAUUUUGUGUAUGUGUUGCUUUGGAUUACCAGCAUCUGCAGCAUUUCUCACGUAUAAAACAACUUCUAUUGCAAUUCCAGCGAGAUCAUACAUUAGUUCUUAGAGUAUUUACUUCUUCUCCUGGUUUAGUUGGGAAGCAGUACAGUGAGAGCAGCUCAUAAAUCAACACGUUCUUGUGCUCAGACUUUCUGCCGCUCUACUCUCCCAUUUGAUCUUCUUCAGUUGAUUUCUACACAAAGGUGCAAGGUUUCCUGUUUGCUGAUUACUGCUGGGAAAAGCCCUCAUGUAAAUUUCUGGGGAAUAUAUGACCAGUCUUGCUGUGAUACAGCCCCUCCGUUCUCCUACCAUAUUCAAGCAACCACAAAGUACUUAUUGCAAAUCUACUUACAAUCUUGGCAUAGUAAUCUUCAAGAAGGGAGUAUUGGGGUAUACAGUACUCUAUUAUAUUACAAGCUAGCAAACUGAGCAACUGUAGCCUUCCAGUUAUUUAUAUAAGUGUGAACAAAAUGCCUCAAGUUGUUGUUAUCCAUUUGUUUCAGCACUAACAUUUCCUUCAUGUGGCAUUUAUCAAAUAGAAUCGAGCCAUGUAGCAACCUAGGAAGCAAAAAAAAAACAGUUCAAAGAUUAAUGACUUUAAAUAAAUAUAUAUAUAUAUAUAUAUAUAUAUCAGUUCAUUUGUACUGUUAAGGAUAUACUAAAAGCUGUUCUAUUACAUUCAGCACUAAGUUCUGUACAACAAGAAAUGUCCAGGUUUUUGGGCUUCAUGGGAUGUUUAGAUGAUUCCUUGAGGCUAGAGACUUUCUCUUCGCUUUUACCUCAGUUUGUUGCUGCUACCUGCUUGUUUGGGGAUUUAUCAGCUGUGCCAAGAAGCAACUUUACCAAACUGCCAGAUCCACCAAAUCCAGGCGACAAUAAACUGGCAAACCAGUACAAUCACACCUAAAUUGCCAGAGCCUCGUCCGUAAUUUGGACACUUCUACUGUACAGGACACUUUCCAGUCACAGAGCUUCUGCUUAAAACUUCUACUUCAACUAAAUUCCUGUUGAGUUCUGUCCCGCUGUCAGUUUUCCUCAAGCUUUUUACUGAUAGUGAGCAGGCUGUAACACCAACUUAGUCUGUGGACUGAGAACAGAAUGUUGAAGAAAUGUGUGUUUGGAAGGAGCAUAGUUUGGAGGUUUUUAAUUUUAAAAAACACGUAUAAAUCGGGCAUUAUCCCCUAGUUACCCACACAAAAUGCUGGAGGAGCUCAGCAGGCCCCGCAGCAUCUGUGGAAAAGAGUAGAGUUGACACUUAGGGCCAAGACCCUUCAACAGGACCACUCACAAAUCAAGAUCUUAGCUCAAAUCUCUCUGUCGCUCACUCCUCCCAUUUUAUUUCUACACAAAGGUGCCAGGUUCGUAAAGUUCAUAUCUUAUUAUUACUAUGACAGGAAACUGAUCCCUGGAGACACUCCAGGCAGGCCAAUCUAAAUGUCCAGAUUCUUGAUUACCCAUUCUGAUCAAGAGUCUCUGCCCAAAACGUCGACUGUUUACUCUGCUGCCUGGCCUGCUGAGACCCCCCCAUGUUUUGUGUGUGUUGCUUUGGAUUUCCAGCAUCUGCAGGUUUUCUUGUGUUUGUUAUCCCCAAUCUUUGCAGAAUGAGGUCUAUAUUAUAAGGAACUGGGAUCACUUAGUUCCAUAUUCUUUGAUGGGAAUAUUUUUGUUUGCUUGCAAGAAAUUCUAGACUGCUUUGGGAUUUUGAAAGGGAAUGGAAUGUUGGACCCCUACUCUAGGGGUUUGGGAUUCUGUUUAUCCUUUCAGUCCUAAUUUUUUGCUAUAACUUAGCAGUCAUGCCAGAUUUCUUCUUGCCAUUGAGUUAGGAUGGUAUCAUGUCUGUUAACAAGCUGACCUUCAGUGAAAUCUUUCAAUGAUUCAGAAAAGAGAACCAGUCAGUAAAUAUCUUCUUUCUUUUUUUUUUCAUAUUUCUUCGCCAUAGUAAAAGCAGAAGACAUCCUCAAUCUUAAGCAUGCAUUUUGGGUGACAGAUUCUGAAAGUUCAUAUUUUAUUAGCAUGACAGAAAACUGAUCCCUGGACACACUCCAGGUAGGCCAAUCUAAAUGUCCAGAUUCUUGAUUGCCCCUGUUUUUGAAUGGACCCUUUAUGUCACCACAGUUGGGUUUUUGUAGAUGAUGUUGGUGCCAUUCUCCUGAAAGCAUUCACGGGUCUGGGCAUUGUGCAAGGAUCCUCGGUUUACAAAGAUGCAGGGUGCAAACUUUUAGAAGAGGACCUGCUUUGUCCCUUCUCAAAUUUACCUUUGCAAAGCAGACAAAAAAAACCUGAUACAAUCACCCUUUGUGGAUCGGUACUACCUGGGUUUAAUGUCUGUCCUCAUUUAUAAUUUAUGUUUAAGAAAUACAGUCAACAAUGGGAUGUUUCCUGCCGUCACCUGUUUGGCUGAAAGAUAAAUGAGAAUUCCGGGUGUAUAUUUCUGGUCGGUACUCAAUACCGCAAUCCCUUUUGAACAUGUUUUGGUUUUUAAAAAAAAUUAAUGUUCUGUGAUUAUUUAAGUGGUGACCAGCAUGAAAUGUGAUGGAAAGACUUUUGUCCAGUGGUUGAUAUUGGUUGCAUGCAGUCCAAAUUGCUCUUGUUGCAUCAUCAUCCAUCAUUCUUGGAGUCCCGUAGCUCCAGCCUGAGUUAAUGUGGGCUAGUGGGAGAUCCCCCAUUGUCUUUUCUGUAGGAAGUUUCAAUAGUUGAUAUAUCCUUCCCUCUUUAUCUUCAAAAUCAGAUGGGCUUAGUUUUGGGUUGUGUUUCACUAUGACACUCUAUCAUUAUAGUUUUAAACAGCACUCAAAGCAAAAAGUUUAAUUCCUAUAUUGACAAAAUUAAGUUGGGAGUGAGAUUCAUAUUUUUUGUUGUGACAUUCUUGUUUUGCAGUAACAGUGUUUGACAGAUUGCCAUUGCAUCUUGGAUUUUGUUUGUAGCUAUUUGGCCUUUUGCCCCUUUUUCCUCCAUGUUUCAGACUCAACCCCUCCCCAGCUCUUUCACCCCCAUCUUCCUAAAAAAAAACCUAAAGAACUCAAUCCAACCCUCCCAAAAAUAAAAUAAGAGAACUGAAUUCCCUAUCUAUGUCACUGCCGACCAAAAGCAAAAUAAUUCUGAAAAAAAAAAUGACUAGUUCAGAAAAGACGAUUGCGUGCGGUUCAAACAAAAUCAAUGCAAAUCUUUGGAAAUUGUGUGACUGGGGUCUUGUUUUGCACAGUGGGACGGGGUUUAACUCACCACUGGCCAGCCAGUGGGAUUUUUUUUUCCUUUAGAAAAAAAAGUAACUUUUUCUUCCUCUACAAGUUUAUUUGUAAAUGAUGUAAAAUUUUAAAUAUGUGAUAUUUUGUACAUCUCACUGUAUCUGAGAUAGUUGUGUAUUUAUCAAAGACUACUGUAACUCUUUUUUAUGGCACUUGGUUUUUCUUGUAUAUUUAUUUUACUUUUGUCCUCUAAUUAAUCAGUGAUGUUCUGUUUGUGGAAAGGUCUGAAAGUAAAGUGUUUGUUUUCUACAGA